UGAUUGAAAGAUUGGUUCUUAUUAUACGUUUGAUUGGAUGAUUAUUGCUUUUAUAUCUGUUCAUUAUAGGGACCUGUAAUUUCACACACACCUCAGAAUCAAGCCAAAACUAACGCAAACCCUAAUUUUACUCCCAACAAAACCAUGCUUGCUCGGCAGAAAUCGAUGAAGCAUCGUGGUGGCGGUGGCAUGGGAAGCGGACCGGCACAGACUGACUUCAGUCGGCCACCAACCCCUCCACCCCUGCCACCGCCAUUUCCUUUGUUUCAAAUGGCUUAUAGAGGUCUGGGGCCGGCAAUGCUGGAUUCAACCGUAAGAGAACCUCCAUUCAAGGGUGGGUCUCAAUUCCAUACAGUGAAUGAUCACUCUUCUCAAAGAAAUUCUUCCCACAGGGGUAACUUUGGGCCCCGCCCCUAUGGAGAUGCAAUGCAUCGCAAUGGUCAUGGAGUAAGACACAAUCAGGGGCGUGAAUGGAAUGGUCCUCGAGGUUCUAAUGCACGGGAUGUGCAUAUGCCGCAGCAGAUGGCUCCCCCUCCUCCGAGGGGAUUUAUACAAUCACCACCCCCCAGUCCUUCCCCUUUCAUUGCACCCUCUCCUGUGAGACCCUAUGCGAACCCUAUGGGUUUUGAUAUGGUAGGUCCAUUCUAUUAUCUCCCAACACUGCCUCCGGACUCCUUCAGAGGUGUGCCUUUUGUUGCUCAUGGCUCGCCCCCACCACCGCCGCCGCCGCCAAUGUUUUACCCUCUAGUGGAUCUUUCUUUGCCUGCUUUGUUACUCAAUCAGAUAGACUAUUAUUUCAGUGAUGAGAACUUGGUAAAAGACAAUUUUUUAAGGUCGAAAAUGGAUGAUCAUGGUUGGGUUCCCAUCACUUUAAUUGCUAGCUUUCCUCGAGUUCAGUGUUUGACAAGCAACAUCCAGUUUAUUUUGGAUUCGUUGCGAGCCUCAACAGUUGUGGAAGUACAGGGAGACAAGGUAAGGAGGCAUAAUGAGUGGAGGAAGUGGUUACCCGCUAAUGCUCGGUUUCCGACUGACUCAGGCUCACAGUCACCGGGUGGAUCAACUGACGAUGUGCUGGCUGCUUCUUUCCAGGUGGUCUCACUGAACGGAGUGACUACAGACCAAAAUAGUAAUUUGGGUGCCGCAGAUAAUCAUGUAGAAGUAUUUCCAGGUAGAUAUUCAUCUGAGGAGUUGACUGGCCAGUCUAGUUUGGCUAAUGGGGAGUGUAGUGCUGAAGAAGCAUAUUCAAGUGUAAUAUGAAUUCAAGCCAUGAACAAGAAAUUUGCAUAUUCAGCCAAGGUUGGUAGAGUUUAUCUUAGAUGGUUCUUGGGUUGCGAGGUGGUGGG